GAUGAACCAGAGGUAGAGAGAUACAUUGCUACUAUUCUCAAUCCAAGAUUUAAGGAUCUAAGCUUCGAACCAAAAAAACUAAAGCUAAUUAAAAAAGAAUUAAAAUACAGAAUAGAGAUAGCAAAAAAUAAAUAUCUAACAGCCUCUGCUAAAAAUAAUCAAUCUUUUUCUUUAUUAAAUUUAUUAUUUGAAAAAUCUUCUCAAGAA